CCGAACAUCGAUUGUCAUUGAGUCGGAUUGACUUUGUCCGACAUCUGCGUCAAUCUGCACUGACUGGGUUUGCAUCGGCACUAACGGCGGCUGUCGUGUCGCGGUGCAAGACUUCCUCUACAGACUCUCAUCUCUGGGGAUGCCUUCGGAAUACCACCUCCAAUCCUUCUGGGAGCAGCGGUUCACUACCGAACCACACUUCGAAUGGCUAGGAGACGGGCAGGAGACGCUCCUGCCACGACUACGCACCUUCCUGUGCGCAGAAGCUGCCUCCAGAGCGCAUCGAACGGCGAACACACCGCCGCGUCUGUUGCACAUUGGCGCGGGAAGCUCCACGCUCUCCCAGCGGAUCCUCGAAGCGUACGAGGAAUCCUACGGGCAAGCAUCCUGGGAUGAGAGCACCAUCGUAAACCUAGACUUUUCGGAGGUUGCUGUGCAGAACGGACAGCAGGCCGAGAUCGCCAGGACUCAGGAAGGCGCGGGGCGGAGCAUGCGAUGGGUACAAGCCGACGUCCUGCAGUGGGGUGACCUAGCACCGCUAGUCGAUUGGAGGCAUGGACUGGGGGAUGUGAAUGGAGGGCCAUUCGCGCUCGUCGUGGACAAGAGUACUUCCGACGCAAUUGCUUGCGGAGAGGACAUUGUGCUCACCGCAUCGCCUUCCCGCUGUCAUCCUGCCAUCCAGCGACACAUCCCGACAAGCGACAUACCAGGAGGAAGAGUUGAUCCAGUCGCUCUGCUCGCCCUCAACCUCGCUCCCCUCGUGCGUCCCGGCGGUCUCUGGAUCAUCCUCUCUUUCUCGUCAAGUCGCGUCUCCUUUCUAGGCCGUAGGGACACGAAGAAUACUCGGUCAUCAAUGACCCUUGACCCGGCGUUGUACUGGAGUCUGGAAGAGCAUGACACCGUAGAUGCCCCGACCGGGCUGAGCAAAGAGGGAGUGCAUGCGCCACCGGUGCAACACCAUGUGUACAUCCUGCGGAGAAGUAGCAAGCUACUGGACAUCCGUUGGUAGUAGAGGAAAUAGUGUAUUUCGCCACGUCUAUCAUGGAAGGACAUCGUGAACAAUAUGUAAGCAGCAAAGUAGAAAAUGGUAC